UAGUAUGGAUAGCAGUUCUCGUGGCAAAGAAACACAAAAAAGGGCAUAGACACAAAAGCAACGAUAUUCCACAGAACAUUUCCAUUUCAAAAAUCGAUAUGAAAGGGAAAUUGAGUAAAACAUUCUUUUUGGCUAUUACACAACCACGUCAAAAUAAAGUGUGUUCACCUCUAUCAGCCUUGCUACCCCUGGGCAAACUAGCACUUGGUGCCGACGGCAAGAGCCUGGAAGAAUUGCUGGCAGCCAUUGGCAUCUCCAAGAAAUCCCAGAUCCAGGAUCAUUUUAAACCUCUCAUACAAGGGUUGCAAUAUCUGCCGGGCGUAAGAUUGGAUAUAGCGAACAGAUUGUAUGUAGCUCAAAACGUUCAUAUAGACAGAAACUUUGCGAGUCAAAGUAAGGAAAUAUUCGAUGCGAGUGCAGUGAAAUUAGAAUUUCAGUACCCUACGUACGCUGCAGAAGAAAUUAAUUCAUGGGUAUCUUCACAAACGAACUAUAUGAUACACGGUAUCGUCUCUGCUUCUGACAUAACACCUUCAACUUCUAUGUUACUUAUCAAUGCUGUUUAUUUUAAUGGCAGAUGGAAGGAAGCCUUUAAGAAAGUGGAAAACAGAAUAUUCCAUACACCGAUGGGGAGGCAAAUGGUUCCUAUGAUGAGGAGAAAAGGAAUUUAUAACUACACCAAUUUCAAAGCAUUAAACGCCAAAAUAAUUGAAAUCCCGUACGUGGGUGAAAAGGCGUCAUUCAUUAUAGUGAAGCCGAAUGCGCGUGAAGGGUUGGCAGUAUUGCUGAACCAGCUGAAACUGGCUCCUGAGCUACUGGACACGGCUAUCGCAAAGAUGACGGAGACAAUUGUCGACUUAAUUAUACCAAAGUUCAAGUUAGAAACCACGUCGAAUUUAAAAGACUUGUAUGAACAGGCAGAGGUGAAACAAAUUUUCAACCAGACCGACUCUGGACUCACUGGAAUAACGCAAGAUGGUGUUUUGUACGUCUCGUCAGCAAAACAGAAAGCUUUUUUAGAAAUACAUCAACAUGGAGCUGAAGCUGCGGCUUCAUCAGCUGUGGCGAUAACGAAGCUGUCGUAUCAAUCGGCAGGCGUUGUGGAUGUGGACCGCCCAUUCCUGUUCUUUAUUUUAGCCAACAGUCACCAACUCUUUUCUGGCACGCUGUAUUAUCCGCUAUUAACUUAAUUAAGUCUUUUAGUAUUAUGGAACGGGUGCUUGAGAUAGCCUCAUUUUAGGAACUUUGUCAGCUCAGCGUAGCUCAUAAGCUCAGUAACGUAGCGUGUCUUGAAGGGGCCUUGCUUAAAUGUGAAAGAGACUUCAGGAUGUUUCCAACUUUUGAAAAACCUAAAAAAGAGAUUGCUUUUUUUUCUUGUGUCAUUUCUGAAGUGAAACUCUAUAGACAGUUUUUGUGUUUGUUUUUUUUUCCGGAAAGCACCAGAUUCAGUGAGAUUGUGGAUUGCAUUUUACUAGUUUUGCUUUUAUACGUAAGGGGCCGCUGUUGUCCGGGGGCCUUGCACUACAGAGGGCUGAUACGGCGGUAGCUACACCCCUGUUUUUGUGGUCAAAGAAUCAUUAUUUCUCUUAAAGAAUUUACAGUCACUUACAGAGAAACAACUAUAAAUAAAUCUCUCAAUUUCUUCAAGAUUCCAUCAUCAGAUCUUGACAUGAUGGCAAUGGGACCAAAUGAGGACUAUACCGUUUCAAACAAAAAAAGAAUUUUUGAAAUCGGUCCAGGCGUCUUUGAGUAAUCGGUGUACAUACAUAAAAAAAAAAAAAAAAAAAGAAUACCGACCGAAUUGAGAACCUCCUCCUUUUUGAAGUCGGUUAAAAAGCAUAUGCCAACGCAUACGUUAAAAUAUGUCCAGGACCAUGCUGUGCGAAUGUAGCUUUAACCUCCGUUUGUAGCAUCGUUCUACGGUUCUACGCAGAUGAAUGGAUCGAUUUCGACGAAUAAAAACCUAGUUAUACUAAAAUAAAUUUAUUUUAAGUGUUAUUAUUUACUUCCUGUCCCAUGGGAUUACAGGGAUUAAUAAAAUAUAGGCUAUGACACUCACAAAUCACAUGACUUUCUAUUGGUAAAGAUUUUUCGAAAUCGAUUCCCAAGUCUCCCGGUUUUCCCCUAAUUUCGAAAUCGAUUCCCAAGGUUCAGAGAUUUCUCCCUACAACCUCACAAUCUUUACCUCUUUAUAACAUUACUAGCUG